UAAUUGGUAACAAACUACUAGCUAAGCUACUACUAUCACUCUCAGCUAGGUCGGGGAUUGCUAGCCAGCUAACGUUAGGCUAGCUAGCUAUCAAACCUAGGUAAAUUACCUAGCUAGCUAACUUAAUGUUAUAUUGGAUACUGGAAACUAGCUAGAUUGGUCUCUUGUCCUUCAAGCGUUUUGUGAAAUAAUGUAGCUUGCCAGCGUUGGCUAACGUUAAUGUAGCUGACGCUAGUUAACGCUUCUAGAGUAUUGGCAAAGACAGUAACGUUACAGUAUGAAGAUUGGCAGAAACUGCUUCUCCAAUACGAGAGAUCACCUCCUAGCCCUUGAUCACGAUACAGUUCCAUUACAUUACUACUAGCCCUUGAUUAUGACACAGUUCCAAUAAACAUACAAGAGUAAUUGGAAGAAUGCGUCUUCUGUACAGGGAUGUUUUAUUAAGCCCCAAAGCCCUUCUGAACGUUAACACGCAUCGCUUGCGGUACGGUUUUGGAAGCAUGAGGAUUUUGUAUUUGAUAUCAGAGAGAAAUAAUAGCGCUGUUGUUUACGGACACAAGCCAGUGGAUUACCUGUUCUAAUUCCUUAGCUAUCUUCGUCUCUGAACACCUAACGUGUUACCUUCUGCAACAAACAACAAUGGUGAAGGAAACCGGCUUUUAUGAAAUGUUGGGUGUUAAGCCCAAUGCCACUCCAGAUGAGCUGAAAAAGGCUUAUCGUAAGCUGGCCUUGAAGUACCACCCUGACAAGAACCCUACGGAGGGGGAGAAAUUUAAGCAGAUCUCUCAGGCAUAUGAAGUGCUAUCGGACUCCCAGAAGAGAGAGGUGUACGACCGGGGUGGGGAGAAAGCCAUAAAAGGAGGGGGCAGCGGAGGUGGCGGGGGUUUUGGAUCCCCCAUGGACAUCUUUGACAUGUUCUUUGGAGGAGGUGGCCGAAUGCACCGGGAGAGGAGAGGAAAGAAUGUUGUUCAUCAGCUCACUGUCUCUUUGGAAGACCUCUUCAAUGGCGCCACGAGGAAACUUGCUGUCCAGAAGAAUGUUAUUUGCGAGCGAUGUGAAGGUCGCGGGGGAAGGAAGGGCGCGGUGGAGAUGUGCAUGUCCUGUCGGGGCACGGGCAUUCAGGUGCGCCUCCACCAGCUGGGCCCGGGCAUGGUGCAGCAGGUGUCCACUGUGUGUGGGGGCUGCCAGGGCCAGCGCAUCAGCCACAAGGACCGCUGCAAGGCCUGCAGUGGACGCAAGAUCCUGCGCCAGAAGAAGAUCCUGGAGGUCCACAUUGAUAAAGGUAUGAAGGAUGGACAGAAGCUAGUUUUCCAUGGGGAGGGAGAUCAGGAGCCAGAACUAGAGCCUGGUGACAUCAUCAUUGUCCUGGAUCAGAGAGUCCAUCCUGUCUUCACCAGGCAAGGGGAAAAUCUGACCAUGACUAUGGAGCUGCAGCUGGUGGAGGCCCUGUGUGGUUUCCAGAAGCCUGUUCAAACUCUGGACAACCGAAGCCUCCUCAUCACCUGCCACCCAGGGGAAUUGAUCAAACCUGGCGACAAGAAGUGUGUCCUGAAUGAGGGGAUGCCCAUACACCGCCGGCCGUUUGAAAAGGGACGCCUCAUUAUCCUCUUUUCGGUGGUAUUCCCCACAGCCAACUUCCUCCCCAAGCACAAGCUGAAGGAGCUAGAGCACUACCUUCCUUCCAAGAGUGAGGCGGAGCAGCCCGAGAGUAUGGACGACGACCUCUACAUCUACGCCGACCUGGAAGACUGUGACCCGGCCAGAGUAAGACGCAGUCAAUACCACUACAUGGUGGAGGAUGACUACCCGUCUGCUGGUGGGGUCCAGUGCCAGACCUCAUAAGACCCCCUCACCUCACUCCAACCUCUAACCCCAGGCCCCUCCGGAAACAUGCACAAUCUGCAUCUUUAAUUCUUUAUUCUCUUAACAAUGCUAACUGUGGUGCUGAAGCGGUCCUUUUGGGCCCGAUACCUGGAUCUACGUUCCAAUGCGACUUGGCUGCCUUUUAGUUGGAUCGUGUGCCUGAGUGGAUGAAAUACAUUUCUGGUUCAAUCCCUUAGAUUGAGAUUUUGGAAGCGCUAUGGAUGCUGUCACUGACUUUUUUUUAAAGUGUUUAUAUAUUAGCAGGUUUUGAACACCCGCUGUCUUGGCUUUUUCUUUGCUUCCAAAGGUCACGAAAUAAGAUAGUUGGAAGCUAUAAUUCAUGUUGCCUAAUUGAAUCCUCGCAGUGAAGAACCAUAUAGGCCUUUGUGCAUAUUGGUCCAUUUUAGAAUAAUGAAAUGUUUUUGUAUUCUACAUUAGCAUAGUUGAAAGAUACUUGCCAAAUAUUACACUAUUUUGUUUUUAUUCAUUUUUAAUAAUGAUGUAAUGAUGCAUGUUCAUCUCCAUUUCAUAAAAUGCACAUUGGCCUUGUGGUUCUUCAUCUGAAUCAUCCUAUCUUCUGUAGUAUGGCAUACUUCUUUAUGUUCAACUGACGAUGGAAAAAGUUAUUUACCCCAUUUGUACGAUCUAGAGUUGUCUAAUCGGUUUAAUUCUACCACUCUUCAUGGGAAUUAGUCAAACUGUAAAUAAACUUUAAAUAGGCCUCAAGGCGUUCUGCUAUUGGUAUCUAUGUGCUGUGACUGUCACAAUUAUUUUAAGUGUCUUGGGUGUAAACUUAAUGGCUAGUCUUCUACUGCCAAGUUGAAAGUAUUCCAUUCUUGAAGUCUCAUAACUUUUACCUCAGUAAAUGGCAGAGGUGGGACUUUUUUACAAGUCAAGUAAGUCUCAAUUCUUAGCACUCAAGUCCCAAGUCAAGUCUGAAGUAAAGACCGACAAGUCAAGUUUCGAGCCCUAAAGAAGUCGAUGUGUAACGAGUAAGUUAGUAUAUACAAAUCAUGAAUGCUUUUCCAUGGAAAUACAUGGGUAGCCAUGAGAGACAUCAAUAUAACAAAAUAUUGUAGUGCUUUCCCUCUCCAGAUAUCAUCUAGGCACCUAAAACAAUCCUGCCAUUUAUUAAAAGGUACAACAAACAACUGCUGCUGAACUUAGAGUAGGCCUACAAUUUUAACACUGGCCUGAAUGUCUGAGAGAAAUACAGAUCCCAAAGAUGGGAGAUAAAACCUGAACAUGGAGACUACGUUUCAUUUUUUCCUCUUAUCUCCGCGCCCUAUGACGCAUUGCAUUUGCAAAAGACCAAAUCGAUAAAAGUCUGUCAGUCAUUUGUGCACAAUGACACCAUCGCUGCAGACACUCCACUGGAGCAUUGGAGGCAGGCACUACCAAGACCCUGAUGGCCACUCGGGACAGUGAAGAAAGAGCCUUCAUGUUCAUUGCCCAGAACAAGAGGGCAUUCUGUCCUUCGCACAUGUCAAGGUAGUGACUUAGCUGUAGUGCUGGGGUGGUCCGAACAGCUUUCUUCUGCCUCUUACAGUAUGCUGCAAACAGCCCUUCUUGUCCAAGACUAUGGUCCUCUCGCUCUUCCUCAUCAACAAGAGGCACAGCUUGCUCAGUCCCUGCAGCAUCUUGCAGAAUCAGUUCUGGAAAAACAUGUAAAAGCAGAAACAAAAAGGCCAGUGGGUGAUGCAGUGGGUUAAACUGGAAAAGUAUUAUUGUUUCAGUCAAUUGGAAUAAAUUAUGAUAAAAAGUUACCUUUCACUCUUUGUGCCACCACCUCCUUGACCAGCACAUGGUGCUCCACUCAGAGAAAAAGCCAAGGCAGCUGCUUUGAGGUAGACUGGAUCUGAAAAGGAAGCAGUGAUUCCAUCUUGUGUCCUGGCUAUUUUCACAUUGAUGAAGAUUCCAAGAAUUGUCUUGUUCUGUUUUGUUUUUAAAUGUUUUGUUCUGGAGACCCCUGUUCUGGAGGAAAUUUACUUGAGGCUUCCGCUGCUCCAGGCAGUGAUUCAGGGACAGGACAGGGGGAACAACGGAACUGAUUGUGACUAUCUUCUCCCCCUGUGUCAAAUCUGUUGCUUCUCCAAAUGGCUUCAGGAUGCCCAACUCUUUCAACGUAUUCCACUCCCAUACUGUGAACAACAACUCCUUGUGCCCAGACUUUUCUAGAACAUGACUGAGCUUUAGAUGGUCACAUUGGAUAACUGCCUUCACUUGUCUCAGUGUUGAGUUCCAUCUUGUGUUGACAGCAGCAGGGGUGCCUCAAACACCUCGUUGAAUGAUGUGCUUGUAUGCAGCAGUGAGCUGAUUUUUGAUAACUUUGAAUGAGUCGUCAUCACUUUUGUUUCUUUCAAGCCAUCUCCCACCAACAGCUAGAGAGUGUGGGCAAAGAGCUGUAGGCUUUUACACAAUCACCCAACCUUAACACACACACGCACCCUCUCAGUGUGUGGUUACAGUAGGUUUUAGGAACAGCAAUAACAUCAGGCAGGAUUUAGCCUACCAACUGCCUAGCCAGUUGUAGCUCAAUCUUGGGUGCAAUGAUCAUGUUCCCGCACUGACUGACUGGGUGGAGGCUCAAUGAUUUAACGUUACGUUAGACUACAUGCUACACUAGCAAAGUUAUAUACAGCUCUCGGCUAUAUUAGCCACGACUUAUAUUUCUUUGCGCAGCUUCAAAUGUCGAACAAAGUUGGAAGUUGUUGCACCUCCAUCUAUAAUUUUCAUCCCGCAUGUUUUGCAAGUUGCAAUCCGUGUUUUGUUGACUACAGUGUAGUCUUUAUAUCCGAGAAUAAUAAUUUUGGGUAUCAUCUUUCCAAGGGCUCCGUCUGCACAAUUUUAUUGGCUGCUGUCUGAUUCAAACUGUAAUCAUUAAAUGAAGAGUUGAUGCGCUGCACACUUUUUUUAAUUGCAUCGUUUUUAAUAUUUGAAAAGUCAUUUAAUAACUCAUCCAUGGCAUUUUCAUUCGUCAUGUCAAACAACACUGUAUUCAAAGUGCCCACUAUUAUUUAUAUUCUAACUAUAGAGUUAUAAUAAACAUCCUAUUUCCAUGAUUCCAAAAGUUCACCCAAGUGUUUAUUUUAAUUGCAACUUGGUUAAAAAUAAGGCCUAGUAUUUUUGACCAUAUUGUGGCAGUGUAAGUUAUCUCAAAUGAGUGAAGGAAAUGCAGAAAUUGGUGGAAAUGCGGGAAAUUAUUUUAGUUUGAAGUUGAAUUGAACAGUAUAAACCAAUCCAAAUGGAGAAAGGACCCAUUGAAAUCAUUUAGAAUAUUUAUAUAUAUGUGUUGCCACCCAAGGUUUGUGCACUACUCAUAAAGCAAAUUUAGAAAUUUUAAUCAAAAACAUAAAAUACGUCAAAUAAAAACAAACAUUUGAAAAAUACCAUGUGAUAUGUUAUUUUGGCCACAUCGCCCAGCCCUAAUUCAGACCCUUUAGUCAGUACUUUGUUGAAGCACCUUUGGCAGUGAUUACAGCCUCGAGUCUUGUUGGGUAU